AUGAGCGACCACUUCGCCCCUUCAACAACAACUUGGCGGAGAGAGAGGUUAACAAGGGUCGGUAGCAGCACGACUCUUUCUCGAAGGCCAACAAUCGAGCAAGACACUACCGAAAGCACAACUCUUCAACCAUCGCAGAACCAUGGUCGCUCCUAUGGCACAGUUCCUCGCCGAGGCUUGAAGCUUCCGCCCAUUACACUUCCCAGUGGAAUAUCAAGUCCCCGAAGUGGCAAUUCAAUUCGCAUUCGAUCCCCUUCAGUGUCCGCUUUUCGUGACCUCGCUUACUCUCGUUUGAGUUCCCAGCGCCCAAUCAGCGCCUACGAUGCACCAGCUCGCGACAAAUUCGUAGACGAUGAAACUGCUAACGACGCCCGGAUAAACGGUAUCCGUGUUUGGUACUCGUCCUUUUCGUCCAUCGAUUGGCUGCAUGAUGCGAUAAAGGACUCUCUUCGCUUCUCCAGACUUCGAAAAAGGACGUCUUGGCGCGCCCGUGUGAGACUCUGGCUUGACAAGAGCUUAGGGUGGAUCAUCGUUUCCCUCGUCGGGUUCCUGACAGCUUGUGUCGCUUUUCUCGUCAUUCGGGGAGAAGCCUGGUUAUUCGAUCUCAAAGAAGGGUACUGCACAACCGGUUGGUGGAAGUCCCGUCAAUUCUGUUGUCCUCCUGCAGCCGAGGAAUGCUUCGCCUUCGAGAAUUGGGCAGAGGUGCUCCUCCACAAGGACUCGUUUGCCGAAAACUUUGUCGAAUACAUCUCGUACUCUGCCGUGGCGCUGCUUCUCGCAACCUUAUCAUGCCUCUUGACAUUAUACCUGACCAACUCGACCACAUUCGUCACCCGGAAGGAAUCGGGUGUCCUGGCGCCUGGCUUUGCAGAUGCACCUGAUCUUCCUGGUCGUGAAAAGCCCAACCGCAAAGUCAUGUACUAUGCUGCUGGUAGUGGUAUUCCUGAAAUCAAGACCAUUCUUUCUGGGUUCGUGAUUCACGGGUACCUCGGAGGCCGCACCUUGUUCACUAAGUCCGUCGGCUUGGCACUGUCUGUUGCUUCUGGUCUCUCUCUCGGCAAGGAAGGUCCAUUCGUUCAUAUCGCCAGCUGUAUCGGCAACAUAUGUAGUCGAUUCACAACCAAAUACGAGAACAAUGAGGCGAAGAGACGUGAAAUCCUGAGUGCCGCAUGCGCUGCUGGUGUUGCUGUAGCUUUUGGUGCCCCAAUAGGCGGUACCCUAUUCAGUCUGGAGGAAGUGAGCUAUUACUUCCCGCCAAAAGUGAUGUGGCGAAGUUUCUUCUGUGCAAUGAUUGCGGCCCUUACUUUGAAAAUUCUGGAUCCGUUUGGGAGUGGCAAACUUGUGCUAUUCCAAGUUACAUACGACAAGGACUGGCACGCCUUCGAACUUCUCCCAUUCCUGCUCCUCGGUGUUUUCGGUGGUGUCUACGGAGCCUUCUUCUCCAAGGCUAAUUUCCGCUGGAGUAGAGAUGUACGGAACAAGACAUGGCUCAAGUUCCACCCUGUAGCCGAAGUCAUGCUGAUCACACUCCUCACAUCUGCAUUGUGCUUCCUGAAUCCGUACACCCGAAUGAGCGGACCACAGCUCAUUUUCGAACUCUUUGCGGAAUGUCGACCUGGGUCAUUCAAUCCUCUGUGUGUGGUAGACCCAGGGUCGUUCCAGGCUGUUUGGCCUGUAGCUCAGGCAGUUCUUGUCGCCAUGCUGGUCAAAUCUGUGCUGACGGUUAUCACUUUUGGGAUCCGCUUACCUGCAGGGAUUUUCAUCCCAACCCUCGGAGUUGGAGCGUGCGCUGGAAGAGUUGUAGGAAUUCUUAUGCAGUCGUUGCAGGCUCAGCAUCCGGACUCGCGAUUGUUCCAAGCUUGCGGUGGCGAUAUGAACUGCAUUAUACCUGGACUAUAUGCCAUGGUUGGUGCAGCAGCGACUUUGUCAGGCGUCACCAGAACUACGAUUUCCCUCGCUGUCAUUAUCUUUGAACUCACAGACUCUUUGGCUUAUACUGUUCCCGUUAUGCUUGCCAUUCUGGUCAGCAAGACCGUCGCAGACGCUUUGGAGCCAAAAGGCAUCUAUGACCUCGUAAUCGACCUCGUCCAGCUGCCAUAUCUGGAUUCGAAACACGAAUACUUGUGGGGAAGUCUGCAAGUGAAUGAUGUGACUGUCCGGGAUGGCGAAGUUAUCCACCUGGAUCAGACCAAUACCGUACGGAGCCUCAUUGAGCAACUCCAAAGUCUACUCUCCGCCGGUAAUGAUGACAGUGGAUUCCCCAUUUUGCAGAAGGAGCGGGGUGAGAACAAUUCGAGGAUGGUUGGCUAUAUCGGCGCGAAUGAAUUGGAACACGCUCUAAGCAUUAUCGCGGACGACCCAGACGAUGAGGUUCAUUUCCAUCCAGAACUGUCGCAUCGUGGUGGCUACGCCUCUGCCUCGUUCUCUUCCCUGCUCGAAAGUGGACAACAUAACGAUACUGACCCCUUCGAUCUCAGCCUAUACAUGGACCAAGCACCAAUGACAGUCCAACUGAACUCACCCUUGGAGCUGGUCAACAUGUUCUUUGCCAAACUGGGCGCUCGAUAUGUCGUGGUCACAGAUGCUGAAGGUUUCUACGAAGGCUUGAUAACAAAGAAGACGUGGGUUGCCUUCCUUUCGACUUUGGACGAGAAAUAA